AUGGCCAGGUCCAAAGACGUGAAGACUAAAAAGUGUGCUCUCUUAGUAACAGGGUAUGAGAAGCAGAUUGAGAAAACUGCAAGUCAAGAAACGCAAAUGCAGGAGGAAAAUGGAGGAAUAAAAGAGGUGAAAGAGGAGGCAGGGUCCCGUCUCCUGAAUGUGGAGCCCAAUAUGAACCCUCUGGAGGCCAUCGGGCUGGAACUGGACACUGCCAAUGCUCAAGCUAACUAAGCCUUCCAACAGCUGGAGCUCAAGCUUGGGUGGAUGCGUCAAUAAGACCUGGAGCUGAGAAACUACAUCAUUCAGAACACCACUCUUCAGAACCCGCAGCUGUAUCCAGUGAUUAGGACCCAAGAUGAAGAGAUGUUAACCAAUAUGACCAAUCUGGAGGUGAAGGAGCUCACAYACCAUAGGACAAGUUGCAAGUUCAAGUUCUUUCAAAGAAAUCCCUUCUUCAGAAACAAACUGAUUAUCAAAGAGUAUGAGGUCGAAUCCUCUGGCCGUGUCUCUCAUUGUGCUCUGAUCAUAUGGCUCAAGGGCCAUGAACCAUAGGUUGGGAACCCAGAUGUCCUCAUCAACUUCUUCACCUGGUUUUCAGACCACAGUCAUCCAGAGUUCGACAGAACUUUUGAGAUGAUCAAAGAGAACUUCUGGCCAGAUUCCCUAGAAUACUACCUGUUGCAGAGAAUCAGAAGUCACCAGACAAGGAAGCCAGUAGAGAUACCCAGGUCCUUUGGGUUCUAAUCUGGAAUCUUUGCACUUGGGAUUACUCCCCACAAGAUCCUGUACCACCACCUCCUCCUGCUGGACCUAUGA